AAUUAAAUAAAAUGUUUUGGUUUAGCCAAAUCUAUAUAUAUAGUUAUACGUGUAUAUAUAUCUUCUAUUUUGGAAUAGUAGUAAUAAUCAAUUGUGUUUUGUAUAGGUUGAUAACUAUGUAAAGGUAAAUCACAGGAAAUAUUAGCUGUUGGGUUGUUGUGAUAAUUAUAUAGGAACCUCACACCUAAAUUUGGGAGACCCUUUUUUGCAUUUUUCUCUCAAGAGUUUUUGACUUAUGUUUACAACUAUUUGUGGGGUUUAGUAGAAUUUAGGUUUCAUUUUCAAUUCGAUAACAUAGUGUAAACGAGGAAGUGGAGGAAGAAAAGGAAAAGAGCUCUCUUCAUAUUUGUCUCAUAACGCAAACAUGUAUAGGGGUUGAUUGUGUUGUUCAUGUUGUUGAAUGGCUUUGAUAGAUUGUGAUAUUUGUGGCACAGCAGAGGAUGCAUUAUAAUCAAAAAGUUAUUGAUGGAGGAAAGGGUUACUCAUUUAGGUCUUUAGAACAUGAUAAUAACGGAGCAUCUUCAGAGGAUUGUCAAAUUGCUUCUCUCAACACAAGGAACUCCGAUAAGAGGUGUGCUGUCUUGGCAUUCUUUACAUAUGAAUCUGUUGGACUCUGGAGAAUCGUUGCACAAGCACCGGAAUGUCUCGAUCAUAAGCAGUUUAGAUCUGGAGCUGAAGUGAAUAUGGAUGGUGUGCAUCUAGUUACCCCAUCACCUAUUAAUUCAUUUACAGUUGAUCGACGAAGACCACGAAAGGGUUCUCUGCAUGAUGUUACUUAUUCUGUCAAGUCAUUUCCAGGAAGAAUCUUUCCUGGAUCACAUGUGGGAAAUCAAGCUCGGAACAGGACCUUCACUAAUAAAGCUACUAGAUUGAAUAAUUUUUCCAGUAAUCUAUCUUUGCAAGGUUCUAUCUCUUGCCAAACAUCUGCUGCUUUAAUCCCCCAAAGCUCUAAUUCUUUCAAAUCACCUGACAUAUUUUGUGAGAAUUCCAAAGUAGAGAAGGCUGUAAAGAGAAAUUUGAGAAAGAAGGCAAGAAAGAAGGGAAAACAGAGAGAGAAGCACCCCUGUGAUUCUGUCUCUACCAAACCAGAGGUUUUCUCUGAGGAUUAUGAUCGUGGUACUUUGGUCUCAAAAACCUGUGGUAACAAUGAUAUGGAUCAUGGUGAUGGACUAGUAUCAUGUACAACUUCACAAGAAGAUUCAUUAUCAGAUAGCAGAGUUAUUGUGAUAGACUUAGAAAACAAUAAUGGGACCAGGAUUUCUUCUGAAUCCCCACAUACAGGUACAUCAUACAUUGAUGAAAUGGAUCUGUCAGAGGCAAAGGUACCUUCCCCAGUUCAGAAUUUUCAUGGUGGAUGUCAUGUAAUUGAUUCUGAAAUCAGGAUUCAAAUGGAAGACCAAGGAUUUCCCAUUCUUGAUGUAGGAGUAGAAGAGGCAAAUCAUCUGCAGAUCAGCUGUUAUGGUUGUAUACAUUUAAAUGGAUUACCUGAUAUGCAUGACUCCCAAGUCUUGGAUUCGCUUUCUGUUUGCUCAAAUAGUGAUAUUAGUACUACUACUAGCAGUGAUGCUAAGCCAUGUGAUAAGGAAAGCAAUGAAUAUGGUCUUUCAGAUCCACCAGAUUAUGUCUCCAGAAAGGGAUGUUUCUCUAGUCCAAACUCAUUAAAUAGUGGUUUAGACUUCUAUGACUACACUGAAGAAUCAAGAAUUAGCAAUCAGGGUUCUAGAAGCAGUAACAUGCAAGUGGUUGUACCCGGCAAGAAGAGGAAGCAAGCUAAAAUGGUGCUGUGGGGUUCAAGUGCCUAUAAACUUGGAAUUUCUGGAAAUUCGCAUGGUUGUACUGGGAAAGAAAAGAGUCAUUGUGUUUGGCAAAAGGUUCAGAAGAAUAAUUUGGGUGAAUGCAAUUCUGAUUUUAAGAAAGUACAUCCUGUGGGCUCACAGACUCUCAAAGAGGCUUCUUUGGUUAGAAGAAACCCUAAUGUUGCUGAGGUGGAUAUGUUGUCAAAAACUGAAGAUAAAAAACACUUAAAAUAUAAGGUUUCAAGGAAGCAGAAAAGAAAAUCUAGUCCAGGCUCAAAGCAAAAAUACAACUCUUAUUCCUGUGGGGCCUGUUAUCCCAGCAAGGCAAGUUCAAAUACCCAUGCAAAGAUUUCUACUCAAGAGGAUGAAAUAUCAGAUAUCUUGGCACAGGUGAAUGACCAAGAAAGAUUGGGAAGUGUUCCAAGGUUUCAUUCUCAGAUUAAUUGUCCAGAGGUUGGGUUGGAAAGCAGCAGAGUAGAAUCUUUGAAUUCUGAAUCAUUGCGCAACUCACAAGAUUGCCCAGAAAAUUUGGGGUCAGUUGAAGGUUUUUACAAUACUGUUUCUAGUAUGAAGGAACAACAUCAGGAUAGCUUGUUGGCAAGAACCUGCUGUUCUUUGGACAAAAUGAGAAUGUUUGAGGUGCAGACUCCAGUUUACCUUCCUCAUCUUAUAGUUAAUGAGGCUGUUCAGAAAGAAAAGGACAAUUACUGUAAGCAAAAUCAUUGUUCUGGAUCUCUUUUGCAGAAAUGGAUACCUAUUGGGACCAAGAAUCCUCAGAGUACAACCUCUAAAAGAUGUGACAGUGUAUCAUCAGGGCAUUCUGAUGGGCAAGGUGUUGAGGACUUGAUUUCGAGAAGCAAUGUUGAUGAGAAAGUUGCUACCAAUUCUCAAAAUCAUAUUUCUUUAUUGGAUGUUGAAAGGAUGAGCACAGGUUUGGUUUCAGAAUGUACUUCUCAGGAGGAUGAAAACUAUGCUCCAAAAUUGAAGAAUACUAGUGCCCACACGUUCAAGGGAAAAAAUAGCAAGCAUGUUGCAGUCAAUCGCUUGACUAUUGAACCUAAAGAUCAAAACUUUUCUGCAGUUGAAACUGAUUUGGACAAGAUUCUGCAGGCAGUGAAUCAUGCCUAUCGGAUGCAAUUGGCAUCUGAAGCUGUUCAGAUGGCCACUGGUUCUCCAAUUGCUGAGUUUGAAAGACUUCUCCACUUUUCCUCUCCAGUCAUUUGUCAUUCUUCAAAUAUAAUAAGGUGUAAUAAGUGCUUACAGGACCAGGUUGUUGGGGCAUCUUUGUGUAGACAUGAGAUACCUAAUAUCUCAUUGGAAUGCAUGUGGCAGUGGUAUGAAAAGCACGGAAGCUAUGGUUUAGAAAUAAAGGCAGAUGAUUUUGAACGGUCAAAUAGAUUGGGAAUUGAUCAGUUCUCAUUUCGUGCCUAUUUUGUUCCCUUUUUGUCAGCAGUUCAGUUGUUCAGGAGUGGUAAAAGUCAUUGCAUAAACGAUGGCAAUGGUCUUCCUACUUCUGGGCAUUUGGGGGUGGAUGAGAUUGGUAGAACAUCACAAAGCUCCUCUUACGUUGGUCAUCUACCAACAUAUUCAAUGCUAGUUCCUCAGCCUCACACUUCUGACAUGAGUGCUUUCCCACCUGAGAAAGAGUUGUGUAAAUCAGAGCUGUCUGCAGUUUCUUCCAGAGAGGACUUGUCUGUUCAAUCAGCUGACAUGACAUGCUCCAUUGUUCCAGAUCUACUUUUUGAAUAUUUUGAAUCUGAACAACCUCGACAAAGACAACCAUUCUAUGAAAAAAUUCAGGAGCUGGCUAGCAGUGAUGGGUCUUCACAGUGGAAAGCAUAUGGAGAUCCAACUAGUUUGACCUCAAUAAAUCUUCAUGAUCUGCAUCCUACAUCCUGGUACUCAGUAGCAUGGUAUCCUAUAUAUAGGAUUCCUGAUGGCAAUUUUCGUGCAGCAUUUUUGACUUACCAUUCACUUGGUCAUAUGAUUUGUAGAAGUACAAAAGUCAAUUCAGCUACUGUAGAUAGUAUUGUCUCUCCAGUGGUCGGUCUCCAAAGUUACAAUGCUCAGAGUGAAUGCUGGUUCCAGCGGAAGCACCCUGUGAUGAACCAGACAGCAGAAAGCUCCGGCUUAAACCCAGCCAGGAUUCUGAAGGAGCGGCUGAGGACACUUGAGGAGACAGCAUGCCAUAUGUCAAGAGCUGUUGUCAAUAAAGGAAAUCAAACUUGUGUAAAUAGACAUCCUGACUAUGAGUUCUUCCGCACAAAACAGCAUCGUUAGAUUUAGUUUAUUUCUGUACUCAGUUGAUGAUGUAACAAAGAUGUUACUGAAAUAUAUUCAGACAGAAACUAGCUAACCUCUUGUUCCUUCCA